CGUCAAUUGACCCGCAGCCCACCCGACGGUCCCUGGCCGCAAUCACGAAAGCGCGAGCCGCAAUCAGCUGGCCAGGUGCAGAUACGAUGGCUGGAUUUGAGAUGGCUGCCGAUCUCCGCUGCUCUUUUGACUGCCAUCUUCGCUGCUGCCAGUGCUGCUUUAGUCGACCAGAGCCCAUCUCGAACGAAACCUGACUGACCAUGGCGGCGACUUUCACCAUUCCAGAGACGAUGAAUGUGUUCAAGUACUAUCCGGGGAGCAAGAAUCUCGUGAAGGAGACGGUGCCGGUGCCAAAACCGGGACCUGGUGAAGUACUCAUCAAGAUUCUCGCUGCGGGAAUGUGCCACUCCGACCUGCUAUACUUCAAGUAUGAUAACCUGAUGGCCUCGCACAAAUCCUUUACCAUGGGGCAUGAGGGCGCGGGCCUCGUCGCCUCCCUCGGCCCCGAUGUCUCGACGUACUUCCCCGACCUUACACCUGGCCGCUACGUCGCCGCCCUCGCGCGAAACGCCUGCUUCGAGGCCACCUGCCCCCACUGCGGCGUCGGCGCGGACAACCUCUGUGUCGCGAACUUCCCGAUUGGAUUCGGCACGGACGGCUUCUACGCGCCGUACUGCGUGGUGAGGGCGAAGACGGUUGUCCCAGUUCCGGCUAGUCGGGACGAGCUGCCUCCUGAGAUCGUGGCCGUCUCGACGGAUGCAGUGCUGACGUCGUGGCACGCGCUGAAGGCGAAUGCGAAUAUCCAGCCUGGGCAGACGGUGCUUAUCAUUGGCGCGGGCGGGCUGGGCCUCAAUGGAGUGCAGAUUGCGAAGAAUGUCCUGGGCGCGAAAUGCGUGAUAGCAUGCGACGUGCGAGAAUCCAGCUUGGAAGAUGCCAAAGCCCUCGGCGCCGACUACACCGCCCUACCCGAUGCGCUCCCCGCCCUCCUCACUGACAACCACCUCACCGUUGACGUGGCCUGCGAUUUCGUGGGUCUUAACGAUACAUUCAACGCUGCCCUCAAAGCUGUCCGGCCGAAGGGAAUUUUACAAGUCAUCGGCCUCACUGCGCCUACAGUCGACUUGCCCCUCAUCCCCGCGGCGGACAAGGACCUGACGAUCCGAUUCAGCAUGUGGGGUAAGUUGAGCGAGCUGAGGGAAGUACUAGAGUACGUGAGGGAGGGGAAGAUCACGCCGAAAGUGGAAACGCGGCCGUUGGGGAGCUUGGUUGAAACCUUUGAGGAUUUUAUGGCCGGGAAGAUCA